AAGUAAGGACGAAAAAAGAUUACCCCUGAGUCUAUAUUUUUUACUACUUUUUUUUUUUUUUCCCUAAUGCUCUGUGGCUGUCUUGGUAGUCAAGAUGCUUGUGUGUUUUGUAAUAUUGUUCACAAUAUUGGAGAGACAAGGAUAAUAGUUGAAACUGAACAUUUAGUUGCCUUUCGAGAUCGGUCACCAUCAGCCAAAGUUCAUUUUCUUGUUAUACCAAAAGAGCAUAUUGAAACAAUCAAAGACUUGACUAGAGAACAUAUUAGUUUAUUACAUGAGAUGACUGAAUUAGGAAAAAGAUUACUAAAAGAAGAAGGAUUCAACCCUGAGGAUGAAACGCAGAUCAGACUUGGAUUUCAUGUUCCUCCUUUUAAUUCGGUAAAUCAUUUGCAUAUGCACGUCAUUGGAUUACCUUUCAAGAACAAAUUUAGAUAUUUAAAAUACAAAGUUGGCUUACCUUGGUUUAUGGAUAUUAAUGCCCUUUUUAUGUCAUUAAAAUCGGAGCUUUGAUUCUGUUCUCUCUCUUUCUCUUGUUGCCAAAGCAUUUGUCAUAAAUUUACAGUGUACUUUGUCGGUUCAAGCCAAAGUGAUUAUAAAUAUUAAAAAAUAUUACAUCUACUCAACAAUGACAACGAGCAAAACUUAUUGACAGCGACAUAAAAGAGAGAAAAAUAUAGAGAUUGCAAAACUACAAGUCUGAG